ACGACGUGGCUUCCAGCGAAACAAUUUCUUAGCGUAAAUCUACUUUCUCUCCUUUACACCAUGUCCGAUUCAGAUGUCCCGAAAUCCAAUGGCACUCCCGUUAAGCCAGCUGGCGCGAACCAAAUACGGCGACGGGCAGGCGGUGCAGUACGGCCCAACUCCACCCGAGCAGCAGGCGCUGGUGGCUCGUCAAACACCAUGCUGAAGCUCUACACCGACGACUCGCCAGGUCUCCGUGUCGACCCUUUCAUUGUGCUCGUACUUUCGUUGUCUUUCAUUGGCUCCAUCUUCUUCCUUCAUAUUGCCGCCAAAAUCAUCCGCUCGUUCUCUAAGUGA